AGUAAGCGUGCAUGUAUUCAAGUUGACUAUAUAAACAAGUCAAAAGUCAUAUUUUUUAUCAAAUUCUGAAGACAAAAAGCAGUUAUGUUGGCAUUAGCACAAGUUCAACCGAUCAGCGAGAAUAUAAACAAGUUGAAAGAGACGUUGAACGAGAUGCCAGAGAAUAUGCGUCUAUUCUCGUCGUCAUUGCGAGUGCUAUUCUCCAAAGAAACUGAUGUUAGCGGUGAUAGUGAUUCUGCUAAAAAGUUCAGAGAGCUUCGAGACGCCACAAAGGAAGACGCCAUGGUGUAUUUGCGUACGAAUCUUUCAAUGACGACUUACUUUGUACGCUCCAUUGAAAAAUAUUUCGACAAGUACGAGUUCUUGUCUUUUGAAGAAUGGGGAGAAACGCUGCCAGAAAUCCUGGAAGAAACGAGAGUCCAUAAAAAGCUUGCACAUGAAAUGCUUGAAAAGUACGAAAAGCUGAUGGUUCCUCUCAAGAAACGCGAGGAUGAGGCUCGAGUCAUCAUGAAAGAGUUCAAAGACCUGCAAAGAGAUUAUAUUUGUCAGAAGCAAGAGUUAGAAGCGAAGGCACAGAAAAAGAGAAGAUGGGCCUAUGGACUUGCUUUUAUUCCUGGUGUGAAUUUGAUCGCGUCUCCCUGGCUGGGAUUGUCUUCAAAAGGAGAUAAAUCUAAAGCGAAUUCAAAAAUGGUUUUAUCGAAAGCGUCUGGAGCCUCGGCGCUAACUGUGGCCGAAACCCUUUUACCUGCACUGACCAGCUUCGUUGAAGACUUGAGAAAUGCAGCAAAAUUCUUUUCCACCAUUGAACAGGAAUUACAAUCGUUCGAAGGCAGAGCAAAGAAAAGUGAAACAUUUCGCAAAAGGCUCCACUACAAGGCAAUGUGUAAUGCAGCGAAAACCAUGAAAUUCAACUGUCGAUCAUUUUACAACGUGCUUCCAUCCGUCCUGAACGACUUCAGCGAAAUUCCGUUUGUCGGCAACGACAACAACUGCCUCGAAAGAUGGCUGGAAGAAAAUCUUGAAGAGAUUGCAUUAACUCUAGAUGCCAAUGAAGAUGAUUUUGAAGCUAUAGCUUUGCCUAAAAAUUAAAGCAGUUAAUUAGGUAAUUAUGUAGGUCAGCAGGAUAAUUAUAUAACUUGAUUACGGAUGCAUAAAUGUUUGUAUAUUUGGACAUUUUCAGCGUCGCUAAUCAAAUGUAUAUGAAAAAGGAUUUACAAAUAAUUGUUAUAUAUCACAUUAUAUGAGGUAAAAUAAAAUAAAUCCAUGAAGGAGAAUAUACUACAGAACCCCUGCUAACAUAGAACUGGCGAUAACUUGGCAAAAAUGCAGAAAGUAAAUUAUGGAACCCGCUGAAAUAAUACAUCCAUCAGCGUAUCUCUUUUGACACAACAUCAAAAAUUGUCAAAAUAAACUUAAAUGUGUCUGUUCGUGCUGUGACGGUAUUUACAUCGUAAACUUUGAAAAAAGGUUAUUGUAAUAGUCUAUUAUCAUGUCAAAGACAUGCAAUAACAGGUAUAU